AGAGAGAGAGAGAGAGACAGAGAGAGAGACACACAGAGAGAGAGACAGAGAGAGAGAGAGAGAGAGAGACAGAGAGAGAGAGACACAGAGAGAGAGAGGGAGAGAAGGAAACAGAGAGGGGCUGAUGCGAGGCUGAUAUUGGGUGGGAAGUGUGUGAAUGUGUGUUUUGAAGGGAGCUUUGAGUGAAUAUGUGUACAAGCGUUUAGUGACUUUGUAUGUGCGUGUGCGCAUAUGAGUGUGUGUGCGCAUAUGAGUGUGUGUAAGAUCAGGAAGCGGAACACAGUAGAGACCUAGAAGACCUUGAAGAAAGAUGGAGGACAAAGAAUGCAACAGCGGUGGCUUCAUGAGGCUCGUAUCAGAAGAGAGCUGUAGCUCCACAGUGACAGAUGAGUUGUGUGUUAAUAACUACCAGACUGAGAUCUUCAACCAGCUCCCCAGCUCUUUGGCCCGACGACGGUGCCUCCAUCAACACCAGGACAGGGGGACCACAGAGACAUCGCACCCAGUAGAGAAGUACCCUGGACUGGUAGGAGAAGCCAGAGACAAGGCCACUACCCAGCCGAUCAGGAGCCAGCCGGUGUGUAUGCAGAGGAAGAGAGAGGCAAGGGACCUGAGGCACCUGCAGACGCGCACUGUUGGCCGAUGGGAGUCAUGGAAGCGGAACCAGAGCAUAAACAGAAAGAGGCUCGGGGAGCAGGUGGGCGAGGCAAUGGCAAGGCAUUUACCAUGGAGCAGCACCCUCCACACCAUUGAAGGUAGAUUCGGUGUAGGCGUGAAAGCUUAUUUUGUCUUCCUGAGAUAUUUGCUUUACCUGAACCUGCUCCUGUGUCUGGUCAUUGGAGGGACUAUACUCAUACCCACAGCAGUCUAUGACAGCGAUGGUGACAGAGGACUACUGAGGUUUGAGGGCAAUGACUCGGUUUUGGACUUCUUCGUUGGUUCGGGUUUUCUAGAACGUUCUCCAGUAUUCUAUGGGUUCUAUGCACGUAGUUCUCUAGACCUGCUGUGUCUGAACACGCCCCUCCUCUUCCUCCUCGGAACCCUCACUGUCCUCAUCCUCAGUCUGGUCAUGGUGGUCCGCAGGACGGUUGUAGGCUACAAGCACACGUGGUUGCUAGGCAACCGCUACAACAUCCACAUGAGCUACAAGGUGUUCUGUGGGUGGGACUUCUGUAUCCAGGACCCCGAGGUCGCCGACCUCAAACUCAGCUUCAUCAGGAACGAAUUGAAGUUAUACUUAGAAGAGGAGAGGUUCCAGCAGCGUGAGGCCAGGAGGACGUUGGGUCAGUGGGCACACCUCUACUCCCUGCGAGGGCUGCUCCACUUCCUGGUCCUGGUUCUACUGGGCGGAGCCUUCUGUCUCAUCUACUAUGCCACCAUGGCCUCAAAGGCUGAGAGGAAUGGAGACUAUUUGAUCCUCCGGUUGCUUCUCCAUUACCUUCCUCCCAUCGUCAUCACCCUGGUCAACUUCUUCCUGCCUCACGUCUUCCGCCAUAUCUCUUCCUUCGAGGAUUACUCCCUCACCACCCAGGUCAAUGCUACCCUCGUCAGGAGUAUCUUCCUGAAGUUGGCCAGUCUGGGGAUGUAUCUCUUCUUCCUCUUCAAAAACAGCCAACAGGAAUGUUGGGAGAAUCAGUUUGGUAAAGAGAUGUACAAGCUCUCAGUGUUCGAUUUCCUGGCCUGUUUCUGCAACACCUUCUUCAUCGCCUAUCCUAGAAAGUGGUUUGUGGACAGGUACCCAUCGUCCUGGCUGGCGCGGUUGUCGGGGAAACAGCAUUUCCUGAUCCCGUUCAAUGUUCUAGACCUGGUGUACAGUCAGACGGUCACCUGGGUAGGACUGUUCUACUGUCCCAUGCUGCCAUUUAUAGAGACAGUCAAACUCAUGGCCGUGUUUUACAUUAAGAAGUUGACAGUUCUCCAGUGCUGUGUUCCGGCCCAGAGAAUGUUCCGUGCCUCCAGUUCUUCAGUUCUGUUCCACUUCAUGUUACUACUGGGUCUCAUCAUGGCAGUCAUCACCCUCGGAAGUAACCUCCACCAGUAAGAACCUUCCUCCAGCUGUGGUCCGUUCUACUAGAAUCAGCCUCCACCAGUGUUUAAUGUAACAGCUGUGUGUGUGGACAAUGUGUGUGGUGAUACCAGAUCAUAUCUGAGAUACCUGUCCUCAGAGGCCUUUGUCCACCCACUGAUACUGGCGCAGAUUGUUGUCCUGACCUCCUUUGAGUCGCGGAGGAGAGCCAAUGGAAAAGCCAUCGAGAGACUGAAGGACAUGCUGGUGAUGAGCACCUCAGAUAAGCAUUUUCUGCUGAAGCAGCACACUCUCUCACUCAGACACCAGAAGAAACCCUUCAAGGCGCCCACCACUGUUUCAGGCACUAGAGAGGGCAGCUCUACCACCAUGAAAGACCCCUCAGCAGGCAUCGGAGAGGACAGCCAUAUCGCUCAACUGAAGGACCCCUCUGCACAGCCUACAGGCAAUGACCCCAUCAUAAAGAUAGAUAGAGGACUCUAG